AUGGUUACCGAUCUAAACUUAAAUACAUUUUCAUUAAGAGAUGUAACAGGCACAUAUUUCCCGUUAGUUUUCGAAAAUGAUGAUAAGUCUCUAGCGUGUUCGUCAAUAGCUCUUCGCGGUAACGAAGGCACAAUGCUUAACGAUUCUGAACGUGAAAUAAUUUCUUCUAUGUUAAUAGAAAAUAAAGAUAUGUUCACUCCAGGGGGAGAAGCCACUACAUUUGAGUUACAUCGUAUUAACACGGGAGAUAAUGCACCUAUUGCAGUGCCCCCUUAUCGAUUGACUCCUGCGAAAAAGGAAAUAGUACGCGCAGAACUGGAUAAGAUGCUAGAACAAAAGAUUAUUGAAGAAGCAGAAUCUGAAUGGACUUCACCAGUCGUGUGUCCAAGAAAAAUGAAGAAACACGAUUUUGUGAUACAGAGACACAGAUAA